AUGCCGUGCCGGCACAAAGCGGCGUCGUUAGGCCGGCGGGCAGGAGAGGGCUGCGCCCACAGCAAGACGCUUGACCCGGCGGGGCCGGCAAGACCACAAACACAGCCCGCGUCCUCGGCGGCGCAGCGGCGCGCCAUUGUCUGCGAUUCCGCCCCCACGUGCAGGACUGGCCCGUGCGGACGUCCGGGAGAAUGUGGCGGGCGCAGAGUGCACACGCCGGAACAACGGCGCCCAGCGACACCGCACCGGCGAGUUAUACGGCGGUCCGCUGCCGCCCCACCCCCACCCCCUCCCCCAUAUCCCUCCCCAUCCCACAUCCGCGGCCACCUUACCCGCACGGGCAGCAGUAAUUACACAAAACGCACUCCCGACCGGCAGAAAACGCCGCCGCGCCGCCCACGCCGCGCCGGCCCGCCACCCGUCCGCCCUGCAAGACAAGGACUCGGUGGCGGCGGCGGCGGCGGCAGCGAGGGGGAAAAUCAGAAUGCUGGGGUUGAAAACUUUGAAAUGAGUGGGAAACGGAGGGCGGCGGCAUCAGCGUCGGAGGGUUGCGGAGGGCCGGGGAAGCAAAGGAAGGGCUGCAGGGGGGGAAGGAGGGCGUUCGGCAGCUUACGUGCCGCACUAAUACACGCGGGCACGCACAUGCGCGGCGGCAGCAGCGGCGGCGGCGGCGGAGGCGGCGGCGGAGGCGGAGGCUCGGUCGCUGAGGCAGCACCGGCGGCACAAGUUGGCGUGCGGGGGCGGCGGCAGCCGCCUCCAAGAAGGGCGCAGCUGGCGCCGCCCGGGGAGAAGGAGGCAGGCUGGCCAACUCCCGGCGCAGGCCAGGCGGCACCGGCGCGCUGUUCAUUAUUCACGGCCGUGACGCGCGGGAAACCAAUAGCGGGCGCUGGUCUGCAGCUUGUUCGGUCAUCAGCGGCGGCAGCGCGCGUCUUCCGUCUGUCCGUCCAUCCGCCGCCCCCCCCCCCUCCCCCGCAGCUGCUCUCCGCCUAA